AUGUUAUCUAGAGUUAUCAAAUCAUCAUCAACAUCUGCUACCGCUGCUGCUGCUGCAACUAGACAUUUCUCCACUUCCAGAGCUGCAUGGAUCGAAUCAGGCAAAAACAUUGGCCAGGAUUCAUUCCAUGAAAAGGAAAGAGCUCAAGAAAAUGUUUACAUCAAAAAGCAAGAGGAAGCUCAAUUGAAGAAAUUAAGACAACAAUUAGAAGAUCAAAAGAAGACAAUUGAAGGUUUGGAACAAGAAUUGAAGAAUCAUAAAGAAAAGAAAUAA